CAGUCAGUGAAGUAAGACUAAUCUAUUUGAGUUGGGACAACGGGAGCUUAGUGAGCGUGGAGACCGGGAAGAGUAGCUUGUGAGAGCCCCCGCGUGCGUGUGUGUGAGUGUGUGUGACAACCUGCCAGCAGCACGUGCUACACCCCGCUACCCCCUCUACUGAGACGCAUUGUUCCUGCGCACCUGAUGCGCUCCUUGCCUCCAGGUUAAGACUUUUUGUUUCUACGGGAAUAAGUGCAGCAUUGUGUGGGAGACGGUAUCGUUCAUGGCUCUCCUCUGGGCCCAGGCAAAGUAGCUUUUUUUUCUUUCUCGUUCGGAGCGUCAAAGUGACCGUUCGAGACAUCUAGAAAAUUCCGCAAAUCUUUGAAACAAUUGACUUAUUCUCCCUCGACGGAGGACCGGACACAGAGGGCGCCCAGAAAAUGGAGUCUGUGAAAAAAGAGCGUGUGUCACCGCUCUUGCCCGAGGGAGGGGGCACCUACUGUCCCCCCGACGCCAACAGCAGACCCUGCGGGGUCGUCCCUCCAUCACAGACACAGACAAACGAUCACAAAACGACGGUGAAGUCGUACUUGGCGUCCGUCAACGGGGGAGUGCCUCCUCCUCCACCACCACCACCGACCAGUGCCCUCUCCACCACCACCCUCGCCAGCGUCAUCUCCACCACCACGGCCUCCAGCACUGUCAAUGGAGACCUGGGUAGGAACACCAUCUCCAGCAGAGGUGUUGAUGAGCGAGGGGUGGUGGAGACCGUCCUGCUCUCUGGGGCGCCUAACUUCUCCGGGGAGAUCAGUGAUGCUGUGGCCAAGAUUCUGGAAGAUUACGACUGGUCAAAGAUUCCUCUAGCCAACAAGGACGCUGCGGUGGACAGCGAGAGAAGGAAGGUUCACGUCAAGAGACCCAUGAACGCCUUCAUGGUGUGGGCACAGGAGGCCAGGCGCAAGUUAUCCUGCUCCCACCGUCAGGUCCACAACGCUGAGCUAUCCAAAUCUCUCGGCAGGAUAUGGAGGAGCAUGACUGAGGAGCAAAAGCGACCGUUCAUCGAGCGCGCAGACCACCUGCGCCGCAAGCACAAGCAGGAGUACCCAGACUACAAGUACCAGCCUCGCCGCAGGAAGGAAAACGUCAAGACUGUGAGCAAGCCUUCUCAGGGGCCCAUGGCCUCCCAUCUCGGGGUUCAGGACCUCUCCGCCAAUCACUACGUCAGCUCCGUCAAGAGCAAUGGGUUGGGUCUGAGCCUGCACCCUCUGUCCCCGCCACACUCUCCUUCCGGCCAAGGCAAUGCGGUCCGGGGCCACACGGAGGGCCACCUAAGCGAGACAGUCUUCGUGCCAGACUGCCUCGCUGACUCCUUCGAGACCAUUGACCGGGCAGAGAUGAACAAGUACCUACUUCCUGACCAGGGCUCCACCGGACACUACGUAUCCACUGCCGCCCACGCCCCCCACGCCAACCUGCAGCCCAUGUCUACCAUGUCGUCUAUGAACAGCAUGACCGCCCCCAGCGGUAGUAGCACCUGCAGCGGCUCCCUCACCUCAGGAGGCUCUGCAACCCACACCUCUCUCCCGCCCCUCAGACUCCUCCCGUCUGCCCCUGUUUAUGGAAGUUCAGGUUCUCCUUACUACAGUGGGGGCGCCUCUCCCCAGCCUGGCAGCCACGGCUCUCCGGAUAUUGCAGGGGAUAUCGGGGGUGGGGUGCCUUCCGUAGGCGGAAUAUCCCCCGGAGGCUCUCCAGGAUCCCCCGUGGGGGAGUAUGUAGAACUUCAGCCACCCCGCGUGCCCAAGGAGGAGCCUCUGCCUCCCCUCACGGCGCCCAAGCCGUCCAACGUCAACCCGUUCCUCCAUCAGAACCUGUGUUACCCCACUCAGUCUUAUGCCGCCUUCCAGUACCCCUACCCCUACGCCGCCAUGUGGCACUGAAACACCACAUGGCAAUAAAUCGUCGCCAUGUGCCACUUAAACGAUGUCUUGUGGUACUGAACUGUCACGUGGCAAGAAAAUGUUGCCUUGUAACACUGAAAUGCCGCCGUGUGACACAGAAGCGCCACCAUGGGGAACUGAAGCCCCAUAUGACACCGAAACCCCGUCAUGUGACAUUGAAACACUCCUCCAACUGUUACUGCUCCAAGGUAUAUCACUACUACUACUUGGAAAGUAUUGUUAUCCAGAGAGAGAGAAAAAACUUAUCCAAGAUGUAUCCCUCCCAUCCCCCUUUGUUGUGUGUUAAGGUAUAUUAAGGUAUACCACUGUUAACCCUUGAAAUGUGCUGCUAAGGUUUACCUAGACAGUGUGAGACAGCUUGUAUUGUGAAAAGUGAGAUGGGGAGGGGAAGUGUUUAAAGUGUUGGAAAGUGAAGUGUCGCAGUAGAACACAACUGUGUCAAGUGCGGCCACUUGCAUGCUCGGAAGUUCUCACAAGUGCGACUUGAACAUUUAGCCUCGAAUUUGCUAGUGAUCUUCAGUGGCCCCGAGUAUCUUGAGUUUGUUAUUAAGUAUUCGAGUGUCACUAAGGCCUCGACCAGUGCCAUCCUUAACCAGUGCCAAAACUUCGAAAAGUGCCAUCCUUUAAACAUAAGGGACCAACUACCACAUAUUUUUGUACAGUAAGGGUGAAUUCCUUCUGUACAGCAUUGGGACCAAUACACAAAUCCCUCAAGGUUUAGGAGAGAAUAGUUAUUAAAAAAAAGAAAAAAGAAAAAACUUUGCCAAUUUAAUGUUAAAAAUGCUUUAUGUAAAAAAAAAAACGGCUUCAUUCCAAGAAAAUCAUUUUUUAGCAGUGUUUAGCAGUAAUAAGCAUAUAAGUAUGAUGAUAAUUUUUAAGUUCAUUCCAACGGAACUACACAAGCAGAUAUUUUACAAGCCACUUGGAGAAUGUAUCAAAAACUUACAUGGAAGAGGCCAACAUUCCAGCCUAAGACGUAGCGAUAUACUAGUGAUAUGCCGUGCCUUAGUCGAGAUAUACCCUUACAUAAAUAAAACUAGUGUACUAGCUAGCCUAGUCAUGUGACCAUGACCGGACGGGCCAAGCAAGCACAACAAGACAGCUGCAGGAGAGAGGGAGGCGGCGCUGGUAACCUUGUCCUCACAAAGAGUAGGAAAAAUCUGAGAUUUAGGAUGUGUCCCUGCCCAACAGAAAAUUGUCAAGUGUUCAUGCUACGUAGGGAAAAUUUUCCCUUGCAUUUUCAUAAUUGUCUGUGUAGCCUGUACACAGACACAUGCUUUAUUUGACAUAUUAGUUUAUUAUUAUUAAGCAUUCAAGUUGGCUGUGACUGCAGAUGUGUUCACUUAUUGGCCAAAAGUCAACUUAUCAGGGAGCGAGGGCGGUCUCGCGCAAAAUUAUUCUCACUCGUCAAAAUGGAGAUGCUGGCAAACAUGCUUCCCCCCCCCCCCCCCACACACAGUUGUGUGAGGUCUGUUCACAAAUUUAGCUUAACCUCAAAAUAUAUCAAUAUAAAAUUGCACCGCCAUAGUUGAUAAAUCAUACGCUACCGACUACCGCAACUUUUUUUUAUUAAUUCAAAUUGCUUUGUUUCCACAGCUUACUCAGGUCACAGUAAAUAUGGUUUUCAUAGCGUAGGACAGAAGAAUUUACAUUGUUUCCAUAACGUAGGAUAAAUAGUACAAUGUUUCCUAGUGCAAGUCAGAAAGUGCAUUGAACUAUCACGAAGCAGUGAUAACAUACGGCCUCCAGUGCGCAACUGCAAUGAAGUUAGGGGGAAAAAAUCGUAACCUAGUUUGGCAUACACAUUAACUUUAAGACUUAGUGAACGUUGGUGGAGCAUAACAGCUGUGCCUUACCAAGGCCUCACUGGCCAUGACUCGCCUAUAGUCUGUCAUCUCAGAUGAUGCUUCCCAUAAAAUAUAAAUAAUUUUCGACCAACUCAAUUAAGUCAGCCACAUAUAUAAACGAGAUGUGUGCUUGUGUGUACACACAUUGAGUUUACUUCUAUCCCUAUUUUAGGAACUUUAAGCAUUAUUAAAAGUUGAUUUACAGGUGACAUGCAGCCUUAAUAGACCACAGGCAGUUGAUAGACUUUUAAAACUGAACUAAUUAGCUUAGGUAGGCAUAAGCCACUUAGGAAGCCGUAAUGACAAGGUUAGCACUACUGUCAUGUCCGAGGAAUGAGCCGCCUCCUCUCCUGCAAGACCUGCAAAGGAUGCAGUAACCCACCUUCUCUUCAGUAUUAUGUAGGUCGAUGGUUUUAAUCAGGCCGUCGGGUUAUAAAUUUAAGUUUUUCUUGGAAAUUCCGAUGAUAUCGCUGGCCAGUCACCGACCGAGCACCAUCACAAAUAGGCUGUUAUGGAGGCGCAGUAGUCAAGAGCUCCAGCGCACAACUUGAUAUUGCGUGUAUCUGGUUUUCUCUUAAGUGUUUUAAGUGAGUCCUCCCAGUUUUUUUAAUAUUGCAAAUGGGUAUAACAUUCAGCUUCUACAGUAUGUAUUCAGAAGUCCUUCUGUGGCAGCUACCUACACAUUUAUUUCUUAAACAUUACAUUGGUAGUAACGUUCAAAAAAAAUCAGUGUUAGAGGCUAAGAUUCAUGUCAUACGCUUGUGUAUACAUGUCAUAUACUUGUUCAUUGCCAUUAAUCUCCUAUGCUUUCAAUGUAUUUAUUUGAUAAAGAGGUACUUUAUUGUGAAUUGUAUGUUUGUGCGUAGUGCUAACCCUACCCAUCCUGUUAAUUUUGUACUUAGGUCAACCCCGUUUAAUUUGUUCUUAGUUCCAGUCCGUCUAGUUCCUAGUUACACCCCCGUCUAAUUUGUUCCUAUUUGCACCCCUACCCACCCCAUUUUUGCUACUCCUACCCACUACUUUUGUAAUUUGUACAUAGCUCCUUCCCAUCUUGUUAGUAAAUAUUGCCACCUUUACCAAUUUUAGUUCGUACUUAGUUCCUCCCCCCCCCCCAGUCUCGCUAGAAACUAUCAUCCGUCUAGUUUGUACUUAAGUUCCACCUCUAGUCCUGGUGGCGGUGGCUCGCUCUCUCUACAUCUAAAAACACUAAUAUUGAUCUGUAGAAACCGAUAGUUUUAUAAAUUAAUGAGCGGGUCAUCAUCUGACAAAGUGCCUUGAGACAUUUUCCUGACGAACAAAACAUUGCAACCUACUUUUGUUCCCUGUGUUUUUAUUGGAACAAAAGUGUGUUGUUUUUAAAUGAAACAUUUGCUGAUAUUUAGACAGCAAACUUCCAAAUUUUAGUAAUUUAAUUAAAAAAAAUGAUCGAACAAACCAGUAGGUUUUAACACUGUAAAUACUUAAAAAUAUUCCUGGAUAAGAAGUUUAACAGUGUAUUGAUAUUUAUAGAAAUAUUACUUUCUAGGUAUUAAACAUUUGUUAUUAUUUAAACCAAGAUGUGCUAGUUAGCUGUGUUAAUUGAGCCAUGUGGAACAUUUCAAAACUUUGAGAACACUUAUGUUCUUUGAGGAAGUCGUUUUAUACCUAAGAAUCAAGAUUGUGUAUGAAGAACACUAAUACUGUAUAGGUGGUGUUGUAUAUUUAUGAAGUGUUUGGAUGUAAGGUGUGCCUGCUAUAUAAUGCAGAAAAUAAACAAGAGUCUUAA